GUCACGUAGACGGCCGCUACAUAAGACCCUCCCAGGUGCUAGCUGGGGACAGUUGCCGAGCAGUCGACCAACAGAGUGAAGAUGUGUGGUCUCAUAUUUGUGCUGGUGGCCGCUUUGGUGACUGUAGCUAGUGGACAGGUGGUCCUCAACCACGGAUGCCAGAAUGUGUCCGUGGUGCAGAAAUUCGACAUGGCCAAGUACAUGGGCUUCUGGUACGACUACGAGAAGGUGAACUCGUUUCAAGCAAGAGGCAAGUGUUUGACGGCCAACUACACCCUCAGGAGCGAUGGUACCGUGUCGGUCCACAACAAGAUGGUGAUCUCCAGCACCGGCGAGACGACGGAAAUAUUCGGCUCGGCGACCUUGGACAGCAGCGUGGACGAGGCCAAGCUGAAGGUCGUCUUCUCAACCCACGGGAACAGAGAGGCGCCGUACUGGGUGCUGUCCACGGAUUACACCAACUACUCGGUGGUUUGGGCGUGCGAGAGCCAAGCAUCGGGAAGCAAGCAGUUCGCGUGGGUGCUGACCAGAAGCAGGUCUCCCAGCAAGUCAGUGCUGCUGACCGCGCGAGAGGUCAUCGCGAGGAACAACCUGACUGAUCUGCCUCUGGAGCUGACUCCUCAGAACUGCAGCUAGCCGGGCCCGCUCCAAGAGAACUGCAGUUCCUUCUCGUCCAAGGAAAUAUUGGCGUUCGUCAUGCAUUGUAAUAUUGCAAUCUAAUGUGAUAAUUAAAAAAUAUAUAUUAUGCCUAAUACUAUGUAGCUUAUCUGUACUCGUGUAAAAUACAACACAAUACAACUUUUGUGAAUAAACAUUAUUAUUGGACUGGACCAUAA